AUGGCAGCUGUUGGAAGUGGAAUAGUUCUUGAACCAUUGACAAAAGGCAACUACGACAACUGGAGCAGGCUUGUUGAAAACUACCUAAGGGGGCAAGUUCUCUGGGACGUCGUUGACCCGGAUUUAUAUGAGAUUUGGAGGAUGAAGAAUGCGAAGGUUUUACAUAUCAUUCAGCUAGCAUGCGGAUCAGAGGCUCUUACUCAUAUUAGAAAAGGCUAUACGGCCAAAGACGCCUGGAACGAGUUACACGCCAUAUACCACACACGGUUAAAAACGGACCUACCUAUUGAGCAAGGUCCUGCGGAGAACGAUGUUUUCCCUCAAAAUGAACAGUUGCACCAGUAUGUUCUUAACGGUGAUUGGGAACAUGCAAAAUCAUUCAUCGAUAGUGACCCCGAAGCUAUAUUUACCACAUCCUGUUCGGGUAGGACAAUUCUUCACUUUGCAGUAAUUGCGGGGCAUGAAAAAAUUGUGGAUGAAUUGGUAAACAUAGGGAAAGACAGACUGCUAAAUAUUCAAGACAAAAAUGGUUACACAGCUCUUGCAUUUGCUGCUGAGCUAACGGGAAACACCAAUAUGGCCAAGUGUAUUCUGAGCGGAGGGAAAGGCCAACAGCUGCUAACUAGGAAGAUCAAAUAA